AUGGAAUUAAAUUAUUUAUUCAUAGCAGUUAGUGAGAAGCAUCAAUUUUUGACUCAUUAUACGAUUGUGUUGGUCUUAAAGUCGAUGAAUUCUCAAAGGAGACAACCACUGGGAACAGUUGAAGCCAUGUGGAAUAUUGAUAAGAAGCCAUUUUUCUCGAAUUUAUUGGCCAGGUGCAUUCUUUGGCAAAAAAAGAAAGAUAAAAGUCAGACAUGUCUUAAUCAGAAGUCAAUUAUUUGCUUCCCCUUCUACACCUUUACUACUUUAUUCAACUUAUGCCUGGUGAAUGAAGCAAAAAAGUUGUAUCAUCCACGAAUAAAUCUGUUAAAUAUUCCUUUGAUAGUAAUCCAUUUUAUUUCAUCCCAUUUCAACGUUUACCAUAAGACAAUUAUUCUUGAUCCUUAUUGGUUUUCAACCGUUAACUUACCAGCUGCGGUUGUGACACAACUUUCUCGUUUAAUAAAUUCAGAAUUAAAAACAAAUCAAUUUUCUGACUGGUUAUGGUUUAAGCACAAGAAAUUCAAAAAAGUGCAAUAUAUUUGUUCGGAUAAUAACGAAAUUCUAAUAACACCUGGGAUAGUUAUGCCGAAUUUCCCUACUUUUAAGUUGAAUGCAUCAAAAAGAUUAUUUUUAUUCAAUUUUAUCAACAUUGACAUGGCCAUUAAUCGGGAUCAUUUUUUCAACAUAGCAAACAGGUUGAAUUUACUUAUGGGGAUGCUCGCGGGAAUGAAUAAUUUGGUAUAUGAGUUGGUAGAACUCUUCAAUUUAAUGACCGAAGAAUUCUAUAUCGAAGACAAAUAUGAAACCUUCUCUCUCUGCAGAAAAAUACCCUACGAUACGUUCAUUCUUUUAGCAUUGGGAAAUUUAAUAUAUUUAAAAGCUCAUACUAAAUAUUAG